CCUCCCUCCUCUCGCAGCGUCUUCUCCCUCCUCCUCCUCCUCGUCUUCUCCCUCCUCCUCGUCCUCGUCCUCCUCCUCCUCGUCGUCCUCCCCGCGAUGGCGGAGGCUCACCAGGCCGUGGCGUUCCAGUUCACGGUCACCCAGGAUGGCAUCGACCUGCACCUGAGCCACGAGGCCCUGCGGCAAGUCUACCUCUCGGGCCUCAGGUCCUGGAAGAAGAGGUUUAACAGGUUCAAGAACGGUCUGGCUGACGGGCUGUACCCAGCCAGUGCCAGCAGCUGGCUGGUGGUGGUGACCACCAUCAUGGCGACGGUGCUGUAGCUGAUGAUGAUGAUGAUGGUGCUGAUGAUGAUGAUGCUGUAGCUGAUGAUGAUGAUGUUUGCUGGUGUACAGAACGGGCUGGCUGACGGGCUGUACCCAGCCAGUGCCAGCAGCUGGCUGGUG